AUGGACGCGGUGCUGCUAGAGCACUUCCCCGGGGGCCUGGACGCCUUCCCGUCCUCUUACUUUGACGAGGAGGACUUCUUCACCGACCAGUCUUCUCGGGACCCUCUGGAGGACGGCGAUGAGCUACUGGCCGACGAGCAGGCCGAGGUGGAGUUCCUCAGCCACCAGCUGCACGACUACUGCUACCGCGACGAGGCGUGCCUGCUGCUGCAGUCCGCGCCUCCGGCGGCCCCCCACGCACUCGCCCCGCCGCCCCCGGGGGGCCCGGGAGAGCCGGAGGACAGCGGCGGCGGCGGCUACUGCUGCGAGGCGGGGGCGCCCCCCGGCGGCUUCCCCUACUCGCCCGGUUCUCCGCCCUCGUGCCUGGCCUACCGGUGCGCCGGGGCGGCCGCGCUGUCCCCCAGCGCGCGGUUGCGUGGCUUGAGCGGGUCGGCGGCUGCGCGGCGGCGGCGGCGGGUGCGUUCCGAGGCGGAGCUGCAGCAGCUGCGGCAGGCCGCCAACGUGCGCGAGCGGCGGCGCAUGCAGUCCAUCAACGACGCCUUCGAGGGGCUGCGCUCGCACAUCCCCACGCUGCCCUACGAAAAGCGCCUCUCCAAGGUGGACACGCUGCGCCUGGCCAUCGGUUACAUCAACUUCCUCAGCGAGCUGGUACAGGCGGACCUGCCCCUGCGCGGCGGCGGCGCGGGCGGCGGCAGGGGGCCCGGCGGCGGAGGGCGCCUGGGCGCGGACAGCCCGGGCAGCCAGGCCCAGAAGGUCAUCAUCUGCCACCGGGGUACUCGGUCCCCCUCCCCCAGCGACCCGGAUUAUGGCCUCCCUCCCCUUGCGGGACACUCUCUGUCUUGGACUGAUGAAAAACAACUCAAAGAACAAAAUAUUAUCCGAACAGCCAAAGUGUGGACCCCAGAGGACCCCAGAAAACUCAACAGCAAGCCUUCCUUCAACAACAUAGAAAACGAACCGCCCUUUGAGUUUGUGUCCUGA